AUGAAAGUGCUCCUAAUUUUCGCUAUUCUUUUUCUCCAAGUUUCAGCAAAACUCGGCUGGGAUGGGAUUCAAGCGGUGACCGUAUCGGGAUUUGAAUGUCUCAAGAAAAAUGGAUACGAUUUCUUUGUGGCACGAGUCGGAAGAUCGAAUAACAUCGUCGACACGACUGGCAUACAAAACAUUUUGAACGCUCGACAGGCUGGAUGGACAGAUGUGGAUGGAUAUAUUUAUCCAUGUACAACAUCGUCAUGUCCAUCGGGAGCCGUACAAGAGCAAAGA